UUUCAAACUACCGCGCUUCAAUACUCAAUAAGUAUCGACCUAGGCUCUUCGUCCAGAAGUCGAAAUCUCUUGAUUAUGGCGAAGCAAUAAUACAGGCAUCAUAUGAAUGCCCCAUCCUUGGCAUCGAACUGGUUGCCCGGACGAUGUGCUUGCAACCCGUCUUUUGCAGUGCCCGACUCUUUUCUGGGUGAAACAUUGGAUCAUCCAUGCAAUCAUCGGUGAACUAAGUCUGAUGUAUUUCUACGACACGGUUACUAUUCUCAAAUACAUAGCCAUCAACGGUCUUCACUUGCGCAUCUCACUUCCAUGCAGGCCAUCUUUGCUCUUCUCUUCGCUCUCACUGGUGUCUCGGCUCGUACGUUCACGGUGAAGAAUUCGUGUUCGUACACUAUCUGGCCUGCGAUCUUCACAGAUCUAAACGUCGGCCAGGCGGUGCCUAAUCAUGAUACUGGCUGGGAAGCCCCUGCAGGCAGCUCAGUGUCAUUCGACGUCCCAGGCAACUGGACUUCUGGGCGCAUCUGGGGACGCACACAAUGCGAUUUUUCGAAACAAGGACCGCUUUCUUGUGUUACGGGUGGCUGUAAUGGAGGGUUACUGUGUGAUCCUCAUACCGGGACGGGUGUCCCGCCGGUGACGGUAGCGGAAUGGACGUUAGCAGCUGAUGAAAAGGGAGAGGACAACUACGAUCUCUCCGUUGUAGACGGUUUCAGCGUUCCGAUGCUCGUCACGCCCACUGGUGGAUGUAAAGCACCCGUCUGUGCUGCUGACCUCAACACUAAUUGUCCGCAGGAACUCGUACUGGCAGGACCAGAUGGCAAGACUGUCGGGUGUAAAUCUGCGUGCUUGAUUGAGAACGACGAGCAGAAGAAGGACUCGCCCAAUUGUUGCACGGGCUCUCAUAACGUGGCGGCGACUUGUCCUUCUUCCGGGGUGUCCUACUAUAAUUAUUUUAAGGGUCCUUGUCCGACUACGUAUGCAUAUGCCUAUGAUGAUAACACUUCUCUUUGGACGUGCCCAGGGGCUACGCAAGCGGAUUAUACAGUGACUUUUUGUCCACCGGCUCAAUAAUACACACUUGUCUAUGUAAUUUUAUAGAAGCCUUUCUCGUUCUACACGGAAAUAUAGCCUUUACUCGUCAAAAAAUCAGUGAU